GUUACCGACUUUCCCAUUCGGCGUUGCAACAUGCGCACGUAUUCAAUCAACACCAACUAGGCGAUGUUAGAACUGUGCGCAAAGCUAGAGCUUAUUUGUUAGCCGGGUCUUACUCAGCCGAACUGGCCGAUUCAGAACGGGAACUUGGCCGUUUCGUUUCAGCUCGACAUGACAGCUCUUCAUGAAGUGCCAGGUAUUGGCUCGUCCGUCUAGACACCGGAAAUAGCGCGCCGACGGAUGCUUUGGUGGCCCUGCUGGUUCUGGAGAACCGCCCAUCACUAGGAUCACGAUGCAAUGCCACCACGGAACGUUCUUGGGUAGCAAUGCAUCGGGCAGAACGUUCCUAUGCCGGACUUCAAUGCAGAGCUAGGGACUCACGUCAGCGGAGUGCCCGUGGAGGUAUAUAAGCUGUUCUGGGGGACCCGUUGUUCCUUACUUUUUGAUUCCCCCAACCCACGUUAAGUUCCAGCCAUCACCACGACGAUCUUCGAGUACACCAUCAUGUCCCAGCUAGAAACAUCCUUUGCUGCACUCAACGACGAUGAGAAACGCAUCAUGGAACGUCUCCAGAAGCUAACUGGCAGUUCGGACUCUGAGUCCCUGGUCGUGUUGCAGAAAUCUGUCGACACUUUGCAAAGUCUCGACUCAAAGCUCACAAUUCUUCUCGAGGAGAACAGGCAAUUGCAGAAAGAACAGGACGAGUUGGAGGAUCAACACAAACGUCUCGCAGCGUUGGUACGGUCGAGACAGGCUGAGAUGGCUGCAAGGGCGGGUCAGUAGUAGCAGGCUUUCGGCGAGGGAGAUUAGCCUCCAUGCGGCGGUUCUGUUGUAUCCCCGCGGACGACUUGUAAUGGUUUUUUGACGUCUUCAUAUUGCAUUGAUACCUCGCACGACUUUGACUUACUCCGCUCCAUAUUCACCUAUCAUUAUUCUCUAUUAGUAACUAGCUCGUGCCCCGACCCUACUCUAGUCCCAGUAAUGUGACGGUGCUGGAAACAACAACGUUGGCUUC